GCAGAGGGUUGGUGGAGCCGGAGGAAGCUCCGGACGACGACUAGAAGGAGGAGGCGGGCGGCCCGGGCCCCAGGCCCCUCCCAGGCUCUGAGUCUCCCCGGCUGCAGGCGGAUGGAUGGGGCUGCUUCAGGCGCUGGCGGCAGCAGCGGAGGUGGCGGCGGCAGCAGCGGGAGCGGCUAUGGUGUGGUGGCGCGAUUCUCCCAGUGCCUGGCUGAGUUUCGGACGUGGUUAAGAACCAACUGGUUGAGGUUCAAUGCAGACAAGACGGAUGUGAUGCUGAAAAUGUGCAUCAGAUGUUUAUGUUUAAUUGGUUUACAGACUGUCUGUGGACUCUUUUCCUGUCAAAUUACCAGCCAUCUGUUGAGUCUUCAAGUCCAGAAAUGGAUGAAAUGUUUGACUGCCCAUGAAAGUACAGGAGGUUCAGCAACAUCAGAUGACCAUGAAUUUGAUCCAUCAGCUGACAUGCUGGUACAUGAUUUUGAUGAUGAACGAACAUUAGAAGAGGAAGAAAUGAUGGAAGGAGAAACAAACUUCAGUUCUGAAAUAGAGGAUCUUGCAAGGGAAGGCGACAUGCCAAUUCACGAGCUUCUCAGCCUUUAUGGUUAUGACAGUACUGUUCGUUUACCUGAAGAAGAUGAAGAAGAAGAAGAAGAGGAAGAAGGGGAAGAUGAUGAAGAUGCUGAUAAUGAUGACAACAGUGGCUGUAGCGGGGAAAAUAAAGAAGAGACUGUGAAGGAUUCGUCCGGUCAGGAAGAUGAGACCCAGUCUUCCAAUGAUGACCCAUCACAGCCUGCUGCGUCUCAGGAUGCUCAGGAAAUCAUUCGCCCACGUCGUUGUAAAUAUUUUGAUACAAAUAGUGAAAUAGAAGAAGAAUCUGAAGAAGAUGAAGACUAUAUUCCGUCUGAAGACUGGAAAAAGGAGAUUAUGGUGGGCUCCAUGUUUCAAGCAGAGAUUCCAGUUGGCAUUUGUAGAUACAAAGAAAAUGAAAAAGUUUAUGAAAAUGAUGAUCAGCUCCUGUGGGACCCUGAGUAUUUAUCAGAAGAUAAAGUAAUUGUAUUUCUUAUGGAUGCAUCUAGAAGAACAGGUGAUGAAAAAGGAGUAGAAGCCAUUCCUGAAGGAUCUCACAUAAAAGACAAUGAACAGGCUUUAUAUGAAUUGGUCAAAUGCAAUUUUGAUACUGAAGAAGCAUUGAGAAGAUUAAGAUUCAAUGUAAAAGCAGCAAGAGAGGAAUUGUCUGUGUGGACAGAGGAAGAGUGCAGAAAUUUCGAACAAGGGUUGAAAGCCUAUGGAAAGGAUUUUCAUUUGAUUCAGGCUAAUAAAGUUCGAACAAGAUCAGUUGGUGAGUGUGUGGCAUUCUAUUACAUGUGGAAAAAAUCUGAACGCUAUGAUUUCUUUGCUCAGCAAACACGAUUUGGAAAAAAGAAAUACAAUCUUCAUCCUGGUGUAACGGAUUACAUGGAUCGUCUUCUGGAUGAAAGUGAAAGUGCUGCUUCUAGCCGAGCACCGUCCCCUCCCCCAACUGCCUCCAACAGCAGCAACAGCCAGUCUGAGAAGGAGGACAGCACUGUCAACAGCAGCAGUCAGAAUGGCUUGUCAUCUAAUGGACCAGGUGAAAUACUAAACAAAGAAGAAGUAAAAGUGGAAGGGUUACACAUUAAUGGACCAACAGGUGGAAAUAAAAAGCCACUUCACACAGAUAUGGAUUCUAAUGGUUAUGAAACAGAUAAUCUUACCACUGACCCCAAACUUGCUCAUGUAACUGCAAAAAAUGAAAAUGAUUUUGAUGAGAAAAGUGAGAGACCUGCCAAAAGGCGAAGGAUAAACAGCAAUGGAAAAGAAAGUCCAGGUUCUUCUGAAUUUUUCCAAGAAGCGAUCUCACAUGGGAAAUUUGAAGAACUUGAAAACACAGAUGACUAAAUUUUAAAUCUGUUCUACUUUCUUUGGAGUAAAUUCUGGUGUGACUAAAAUUUUCAGGGUUUAUGGGUUACCUUAAAAAGUUCAUUUCCUUGAAGCAGUUAUUUUAAAAUAGAAAAAUUUGAAUUAAGUACUAACUUUAGAAAAGAAGAUUUCAUAAUUUUGCCUUUUUUUAAUUUUUUUAUCUAAAAACAGUUCAAAAAGCUUUUAAGAAUAUCAAAAAUAGUUUAGGAUAUUUGAGUGAACGAAAAAUUUAUCUGUAUAUUUUAAUUUGAUGUAUUUUAAAAUUUUGCUGUAUGAUAAUUUAUUUUGAUACAAAGUGGACAAAAACCAAGUUCAGAUUUCUUCAUAACACCAAUUUCUCUUGAGUUUCUUAAAAUGUCUUCAUAGACAUUUUUCUCACCAUACAAAAUGAUGAUCAUUAUUUUAAGGAAACCCUUAUGAAUCCUGAAAGUUAUGCUAGCAUGAUUUUUUUAUAUAUAGAAGUUUAAAAAUAAACCAAGUCAGGUUUGUAUAUGUAAAAUUGUUGACAUCAAUGAUGUCUUUCCAUAUUCUUAUCUGGGCUUAAGAAAUACAUUCUGUAUUUUUCCAGAUUCUUUGUAGCCUUUGAAAGAUUUUUACAGUACAUAUGUCUUGACUGAGCUGUCCUUUCUUAAUACAGAAGCUUGUAUAAUUUUCUUAACUUGUACAGUUGGUAAACUUUUAUGAGAGGAAUUGAUACUCUGAGUCUGUCAGCUUUCAUUUUAUUUUGCUAAGGUUUUUCUAAUGAAUUUUUAAGUGUUUGUGUAGUAACUAAGUCAUGUUUCUUAUCCAGGUGGUUAAAGCAUUCAUAAAGGAUUGUGAAUUUUUUUUUAAUUUGUAUGUAAAGACAAAUAAUUUGAGAAUUUGGAACUUGAGCAUGAUGCUUUGCAGCUUUCUUUUGCAUUUGCUAUAAUUUUCAGUCAUGUUUGAAACAAAAGUUUCUUGUCAGCUUUAAGAACUUAAAUGUGUCACACCAUAAUCCUGUUCAAUUAUUUUUAUAUUCAUUAUAAAAUCUCCCGACUUUUUGCAUUAGACAGAGGUACCAGGUCAAGUGAUAUUUAGACAUUGGCACAAAGAGUAACUGUUGGCAGAUAACACUGAUUUUUAUGAAGAAAAUGGGAUGACGUUUGAAGAGUAUGCAGACUUUGCUGUUUGUUACAGUCCAGUUUUUCAGAUUUGUUUUUCCAAAAAUAAGAUUUAUAGUAACCAUUGCUCUGUGUGAUUAUGAAUAGGAUUGUCCAUCUUUAUAGCCCGAUAAUAAUACCAUUUUAUUUCUAACAUAGAAUUCUUGUUAAAAAAAAAUCUAGUUGGACACAGCUGAAAGACCGAUCUAUAUCCAAACAUGU